UUUCUCGGAAAGGCUCAAGGAAGGAGAGUAAAGUUUCCAACUGCUUUUUCCGCGAGAAUGAUAGGACGGCGAGCUGGAACGAAUCGGAUCGGGAGGAGGAGGGACGACUCGCUUCUGACUCGGUUCGUUGACUCAGUGUUCGCUGUCUUCCGUUUGGCUGAGUUCGAGAUCCUCUUCAUCCUUUUCAUCAUAAUAACUUUCCUCAUCUUCAAAGAUCUGACGUCUAGGCCGGAGUACAAUCGGAUCCUUGUGAAGAAGCCCGGUGGACCUGACUUUUGGUCGUAUUAGCCAUAUUAGAUGAGGAAUUUUUCUGUAAUGUAUUGAUUCGGGAGUUGCUGAAUUUGUCUGUGUUUCGAGCACAAAAGCCUCAGAUUCUAAGAUUUUGCACGUUCGGUUUAUAACAAUGUUUGCACGAAACUGAAGUUGAGAAAACAUGCGAUUGUUCCGGAGUAGACUGGAUUAGAGAAAAUCCUCAAUCUUCGUGAUUGUUUUAUGAGGAGAAAAUGAACAGAAUCUCUAACAUGGGGAGAAACAAGUCUUGACGAACGAAUCAGGAAUCUGUUUGAUCUCUGUGUUUCUCUCUUCUGCGACCUG